AUGGCUCGGAUAUGUGAUAUGACUCAGGCUUCUGCUUGGUUACCUCUUGUUAGAGCUUCAGCGAUUGGAUGGGUACCAAUCGCUCAACAUCGUCUGCCAAAAAAUGUAUGUACAAAAGAUGAUUCAAACCAAGAUGUAUGUGAGAAGAAGGCUAUUAUUAAUGUAAGCGGUCAGAGAUUUGAAGUACUUACAAGUAGUUUGAACCAGUAUCCACACACGUUGCUUGGAUCAGAUGAACGUGAUUACUUUUACGAUGAGAACAGUGGCGAAUAUUACUUCGACAGAGACCCUGAAAUAUUUCGACAUAUACUUACUUAUUAUCGUUGUGGGCAUCUUCAUUAUCCUAAGAAAGAAUGUGUCAUUCAGUACGAAGAUGAACUUGCUUACUUUCGAAUAGCAUCGGAAGCUCUGGGUGAUUGCUGCUAUGAGGAUUAUCACGACAGUAAACGUGAAAAUUCAGAGCGUCUUCUGGAGGAACGAUCGUCAGCUAAAGAGAAUGCUGAAGUUCCGAAGGAUUUCCGUAGUAGACUUUGGCAAGCUUUUGAAAACCCGGAGUUCUCUACUACUGCAAUUGUAAUUUAUUAUGUAACCGGUUUCUUUAUUGCUGUUUCCGUAUUUGCGAAUAUAACGGAAACUAUACCUUGUGGGCCGGAACCCGGAUUAAGUAAACAACGAGCUUGUGGCGAUCGGUACGUUGAUGCCUUUUCGUGCCUCGAUACAGCAUGCGUAAUCAUAUUUACCGUGGAGUAUUGUGCAAGAAUGUAUGCUGCACCUAACAGAUGGAAGUUCUUUAUAUCUGUGAUGAGUAUAAUAGAUGUCGUUGCAAUAUUGCCGUUUUAUAUCGGUUUAUUAAUGCCAGACAACAAAAGCGUUUCUGGUGUAUUUACAACAUUACGUGUAUUUCGUGUAUUCAGAGUGUUCAAAUUUUCUCGUCACAGUGUCGGUCUUCGAAUACUUGGCUACACUUUGAAAUCAUGUGCAUCUGAAUUGGGCUUUCUUCUAUUUAGUCUAACAAUGGUUAUUAUUAUUUUUGCUACAGUUAUGUAUUAUGCUGAAAAAUCAGUUGAAGGAACCACUUUUUCCAGUAUUCCAUCAUCAUUUUGGUAUACUAUCGUCACUAUGACUACACUUGGUUAUGGUGAUAUGGUUCCAGAGACAAUAAUCGGGAAAAUUGUAGGUGGUAUGUGUUCACUUUCUGGAGUGCUUGUAAUUGCUUUACCUGUUCCUGUUAUUGUAUCAAAUUUCUCUCGUAUCUAUAAUCAAAGUCAACGAUCUGAUAAAAGGCAAGCACAGAAACGUGCUAGACAGGCAAGAAUACGAUUAGCUCAACUCAUGGCAACUGUUAAUGCUUGUGGAGAAAAAUCUGAAACUCCAGAGCCAUCAACUGAUGAAGAUUAUGAUGGUGAUAAUGAAGCGAAAAAGUCCACCAAUUUUGAAGUUAAAACAACCACAUCAUACUCAGCUACUUCACCUUCAACAAUUGUAAAUACUGUUCAGUCAACAGGUAAAGAUCGGAAUUAUGACAGAUCGAGAAAUUCAACAGACAGUGAUCUAACCAUCAGUCAGCAUUCAAAUUUAACUGGAAGUGGUUCGUUAACCUUGUUGAAAAAUAAAAACAGAAACCUUAUUACUGAACCACGUGUUGAAUUAGAUCAUUCAGAUUUAGACAGUAUAAAUCAACAAUUCUCGUGCAAUAGUUCAACAUUUAAUCAAUUAUCUAAUGGCGUAGCGAAAGAUACCUCUCCUUGUUCAGAUCAUACAAUGGUUUUAAAAGACAAACAAUAUGAAACCGAUAAUUUAUCAAGAAGGAAUAAUACUGAUUUAGUACCACAAACGCAACAUAAAGUCUCGCAUUCAUCCAGUCUCAAAUUAACUAAUAAACAUAAAAUGAUAAAUCGUACGUUAUCACUUAAUGAUGGAGGACAAAGUGAAAAUAGAAGAGAUCAACAAAUAAAUAUUUUAGACAAGAAUAAAAAACCGACUUUCUUACCAAUAUAUAUUCAUCCGGCUAGCCAAAGCAGUUAUUCAGAUUCAAGUAUGAAUCAAGAAAGACAUUCAAAUCAUCAACAGAAACGUACAACAAAAAGGCAAAAAACCAGUAAAUGUAAAAGUUCUCGUAAAAGUAAACUAACAUUUGAAGAUCUUAUAUUGUUACAACAAAAGCAUUUAAUGGACUGUUUACAUGUGGUCACGGCAAGAGCAACAAUUAAUGAACCAAGAGAAUCGAAUAGCCAUUUAAAUGUUAAUAAUUCAUUAAUUAGUGCUUUGGAGCAUGGAAACUUGAAGCAUCGUAGACGUUUAACAAGUGAAUCUAUUUCUAAAAUUUCUCGUUUUUUAAAUAUAAGACAUUCGAUAACAAAAGAUUUAUAUGAAACUAGCAGAUCUACAAAUAAUUUUAAUGACUGCGAUAAUGCUGAUGUUGGAAGCUGUCAUCAAAUGUUAACUGCUGAUCAAGUAACUGAACGUCAACCUACCGUUCAUCAAACUGAAUCGAAUCGUUCACAUCAUUUGCAAAUACUCCGGUUACAUGGUUCACGGAGUAAGCCGAUCUCAGAUCGUCAUUGUUCAGCACUUAAUUUAACUACAUUUUCUAAACGAAAAUUAAAUCUUCAUAAAUUGAAACAUGGUCAUGGUUAUCGUAAUUUUUACAAAAAAAUACAUUGUUCCACUAAUUAUGAAGCGGAUGAUAAUCAUAAUAAUAAAAAAUUAAUGAAUAUGAAAGUUACAAAUUCUUCACAAAUACCAAACACAACUGAAAUAAUCGAUACACAAGAUGAAAAUUAUCAUCAUGAUAAUUCUAUUGUAGACAAUUCAAUUUAUCCUUUGUACAGUGAAACAAAACCAUUAUUAGAUAAUUCAAGAUUUACUUAUAGUGAUGAAUGUACUUUGAAUGAUUUUGAAAAAGAAAAGUCCUUUCUCACAAAAGAUCCAGCUUUUGCAUCUAGUCCCACUUGGCCAUCGUUUAGAUUUCCGUCUAAUUCCUUUCAGUUCAAAUCUAAUUUCGAGCUUACUGAUAAGUUAUCGAAUAAUUAUGAGAAGUCAUUUAAUCAGUCUGACAUUGAUAAUCGUGAAAUGUGUUGGCCUAAUGAACCGAAUCAAGUAAAUGCCUUACCUACAAAUUCCCUCAAUUCAAUGGUUUAUCCGAAAUCUGUGAUGCAUUGUAGUAUAAUUUUUAAUUCAAAAGCAAAUAAUUCAUCUCAAUCAUCAUUUUUACAAUCCAAUGCAAUGUGUUCAUCGUUUGAAGAUGAAAAUUUAACUGAAUUUGCCAGUGCAAAAUCACAUAUUUCAAGUACAUCUACAUCACAUCGAAAUAGUUCAUUAAAUAAUACCAAUAAUAAUUUCAUUAUUCCUUCUCAGAAAUGUCCAAAAUUAUCAUUUCCUACAGAUAAAGGUUUGUAUAAAAGUCAUAUUAAUUAUGCCAAUUUAAGUCCUAGACUUUCAUAUUCAUUUCCACAUGAAUUAUAUCGUAAUGUUUCACAAGAUUUGUUAAAAAGUCAAUGUGAUGAUCCACUUAGAAAUUCUUCUUCCAAACUUGUUAAAUCAAAUACUGAAAAUUUAAUGGAUAUAAAUUCAAGUAGUGUUUUUACUAAUCCUGAUCAUUCAGAAUCAUAA